CGCACCUCACUUCCUCCUCACGCGAUAACAAACUCCUUGCUCAAGAAGACUUGUCUCCUCUACACGACAAAAAUAUGCCGGCCUUCCUGAGAACUCUGGCCAGCCGCGCUGCUCCAGCCCUGCGCCAGCAAACCAUGAUUCAGAGGGCGCAUUACGCCACCGAACCUAUCUCCUCCAAACCUGCCAAGGGAAAGAUUGGGGUUGUUGAGACCAUCGUUGGACUUGGCAUGCUCUCCCUGGCCAUCCUGGGACCAUCUGGAUGGGUCCUGAUCAACAUGGAGAACUACAAGAAUAAGCAGUGAAAAGAAUAUUUUAACAGUUUGGUGUUUUUAGUGUCCUCUCUCCAGUCAAACCAGGGACCAUAACCAUUCAUGUUCUGCAAAGAGCAAGUUUUCCAGAAAGAGACUAAUGUCUUACGGACUGUUCCCCUACACACCUCAGAUACAAACCCACUGACCCCAAAAACACUGACUAUAAUGUAUUUAAAAUUAUAUGUACAACUUCCCUGAUGGAGUAUGUUACUUGAUUAAAUUUUAAACUUAA